CUCCCAUGGUCGACUUGUUGUCAUGGAUGUGUGUGUCGCCGCGAUCGAGGUGAUGAUAUUGUACGACCUUUUGCAUGCAUUCAGCGCAGACGAUCCGUACAGUACGCUUCGGCACAUCCAUUAUGUUACGAGAAAAUCAUUAAAUAGGUGUCACCGUAUUUCGUUUGCGGACAAAAGCGUGAAAGUGAACCGAUUUCAAAUGGAUUUGCCAUCAAUACUCUUGCUAUUGUAUCGCAGAAUAGGUCUUGUUCCGUUGCAUGACGAUCGAAAUGAUGAGGAGGAUUAAAUUCAUCUUGUUCUGAUCAGGGAUCUUUCCCAUCUCCCUAAGGCUGCCGAUCGCCAGUGUGCACAGUUGUUCGCAGCGAAACCAGCUGGAACGAUUGCAACAUUUUAAUGACGGCUCGAGCUCAUCGUAGCUAGAAUCCAGUGGCAUGACAGAAGAAUAAUUUGGGAAAACGCAUUGCCUGAACGUGAAAUGAAAACGAAGAUGUCGAUAGAAAACGUGAGGUGUCCUAUACGAAGAUGAUAUUCUUCAGAAACCACCUCGUUUGAUUGUCUUUACAUCUGCAUCUUUCCUCUGCAACCGUAGCAACAGGUGGGCAACUAAAAUUUACCAAUCAACCAAUCGGUGAGAGCGCUGUCCCACCAUGUCGAGUGAAGCUCAUCCAGGAAUCGGCCAAUCAGCGCUGGGCUCCUCCGUCAGCCUCCGCCGCUCAGCCUGGGAGAAGAAAGAGCUUGAGAAGAAGGAAGAUGAGAGAGCACUCGUUACCUCCUCUCACAGUCAAACAGAACUCCGGCAGGAGGAAGAGGCUCAUCUGGGUCCCGCUCACGCCAACUUCCAGGUUGAUCCUCCACACACCAUGCCUACAGAAAACAACCACCACCAUGCUGCCUCCUACCAUCACCCUCCCAACAGGCCCAGCAGUAGCACCUCGACGCGAAGCGCCCAGUCCAGAAAGUCGGCGUGGGACGAGCCGCCGCGGGACAAGCGGGUUACGCCUGUUGUCCCGCAGAAGAAAACAACGGAGGUUGGGCAGCACGGGGACGUUCGGGUGCGAUCGGUUGAACUCCAAGAGGUAAACGGCAGGCCGCGGGAUGGGGAGCCCGAUUUAAUGUUGGAUAUCACAUGUAUGGAAUCAAUUAAAGGAUUUACCAAAGUCUUCAAAUCAAAAAAGUUCAAAUCGCCUCACCUUGAGGACCUCUAUCAACGCUACUUCUUCAGCCUGAACAAGAGUAGUUUAUCAAGUUUGCUUGGUCUCAUCGCACUGACUGUUAUCGUUAUUCUAGGGUUUCACUACGGAGCGGGUCUUACGUCAUGGGUUAAAGGAACUUUUCUAGGACUUUUUGAAAUUGUGUUUAUCGUGCUAGGUAUCUUGUGCAAUCGGAGUGCUUUCACGCCCAGACAAUUACGCUUUGUGUGCUAUGUGGUAUUAGCGCUUCUAGGAGCCAUCGUAAUCAUCGACGUCGUCGACACCGAGCCCAGGUCGGCGACGGCGGGGGUCUGGACCACUGUGUUUAUCAUCUAUUUGAUUUAUACGCUUCUGCCGGUGCGGAUGCGGCUUGCUGUGAUGUUUGGAUUGGUUUAUUCUGUUCUUCAUGUGGCUUGUACUGUUGGCAGAAACCCACAGGAUGCUUUCCUUUGGAAGCAGGUAAGAUCCCACUUAUAUUUCAUUAAUAGGUUCCACUCACUUAUACGAAUACCAAGGCUCACAUUCUUAGCUCUGUCUAGCAGUCAAACAACAAAACCGACUGUAGACAAACCUUAG